CGGCUCCGGAGCGGGGCCCGGCCCGGCCCCGCCGUUGCUCCGGCCCGGCCAUGGCGCUGCUGCGGGCGGCCGCGCUGCCCGCCGAGGGCUGCCCGGCCUGGCUGCCCACGCACGUCCAGGUGACGGUGGUGCGGGCCCGCGGGCUGCGCUGCAAGGGCGGCGGCAAAGGCAAAGCGGGCGGCAGCGACGCGUACACCGUGAUCCAGCUGGGCCGCGAGAAGUACAGCACCUCGGUGGCCGAGAAGAGCGGCGGCAGCCCCGAGUGGAGGGAGGAAUGCGCCUUCGAGCUGCCCCCCGAGCCCGGGGCCUGCCCGGGGCUGCUGCUCACCGUGAUGCACCGGGCGCUGGUGGGCAUGGACCGGUUCCUGGGCCAGGCCCUGGUGGCCCUGGAGCCCGCCCGGCAGCGCGGCCGCGAGCCCGACGAGCGGUGGCACAAGCUGCACUCCAAGGCUGGGAAGAAGGAGAAGGAGCGGGGUGAGAUCCUGGUGAGCAUCCAGUUCACGCGGAACAGCCUCACGGCCAGCAUGUUCGACCUGUCGGCCAAGGACAAGGCGCGCUCGCCCCUGGGCCGGCUGAGGGACAAGGUGACAGGCAAGAAGAAGUACGACCUGGAGUCGGCCUCUGCCAUCAUCCCCAGCAGCAUGGGGGCCCUGGACAUGGAGGACGACUUCGAGCUCGGGGGCAAGAAGUCCAAACUGAAGGGCUUCUUCCUGAAGAGCAAGCUGCGCAAGUCCUCCCUGACGCAGUCCAGCACCUCCCUGGGCUCCGACAGCACCGUCUCCUCUGCCAGCCUGAGCCUGGCAGCCAGCGCCCCCGAGGUGCCCAAAUCCCCCAGCAGACACGGCAGCCUGUCCACGGAGCACUCUGGGAAGGAGCUGCUGGCCUCGCCCCAGCUGGGCCACAAGAGAGCAUUCAGCGAGGACGUGUCCCCGGCCAGCCCCGGCAGAGCCCCGCAGAGCCCCGGGCCAGGGAAGGAGCCCGUGUCCCGCUCGUCCCUCUGCAUCAACGGCAGCCACGUGUACGGCGAGGAGGCAGCGCCCAGGAACCCGCCCGUGCCCGCGCCCCGCCGCCAGGACCAGCCCCUGGCCUUCGCCCCCCUGCCCCCCGAGCCCCAGCACGGCUCCUGGGGGCUGGACAGGGCCCAGCACAGGGACGAGCCCAGGUUCAUCCCCUCCCCUCCCAGCCUGGCCCUGCAGGAAGAGCUCAAGGUGUCCACCAAGGCCGUGACCCUCAGCAACCACCUGGGCAGGGCCAGGCUGGAGGAGAGCCAACGCCUGGAGGGCAGACCCAAGGAUGGAGCGCCCGAGGACACCGUGAAGGAGGAGAAGAAAGCCAAGGGAGGCUUCUUCCACCACGGGGGCGGCCGCAGCGACGCGGGGGACAAAGGCCAGGGGGACACGGGGACCCCCGUCCACGCCGCGGCCACGGGGGAUGAGAGGAGUAAGAGCAGCGGCUGGUUUGGGCCCAAGGAGCCCAGAGAGUGCCCUCCUCAGAAACCCAGCUUCCCGCCUGGGCCGCGUGCUGCGCCAGAGGUCGCUGGGAGCUUUUGUUCCUCUGAGGAUUGCAGUGCCUCUGCCUCCCCAAGGCAGGCAGACCCCGAGAGGGAGUCUCCAGCCCAAAGCGUUGGUGUGCCCGUGCCAGAAACCACUCCCCCAGCACCGGGAGAGCUCCCUCCUGCCGACAGCGACCCCGCCGUCCCCCCGCUGCCCUCGGAGUGGGACGAUACCUUCGACGCCUUUGCCACCAGCAGGCUCAAACCCGAGCGGAAGAAGGAGAACUUCUUUGCCUCGGUGGCAGCAGAGGGCAUGGCUUUCAUCGACGAGCCCAACAGAGCCAGCCCCAUGGAGAGCUCAGCGGAGCCUCCCUGCCAGAAGGGCUCCAAAGCGUUGGAAAAGGCCGAGUCGCCCGUCGGCGCCGAGAUCCCUGCAGCUCUCCGCUCCUGGACAAAUUUCUCCGCUUUAGACGUGGGGGCCAACCUGGUGAGCACCACCCAGGAGGCCACGGUGAUCGAGGAUGUGCUGAGCCCCGUGUCCGUGGGCUCCAUGGCCAGGAGGAGGAAAAGCAGCACGCCCACGGUCUGGACGGCGUUUUCCUCGGGCAAGCCCGGGGACAAAGAGGCGUCAGCGGCCCCGAGCGCUGCAAACAGCGCUAGGGAGGAGGGGGACAGCGGUGAGGAGGAGUCCCGCGGCGCAGGGACCAACGGCUGGAUGACCAUAGCCACGGAGACCGCUGCCGACCCCUCGGCGAGCGCGGCCGAGGAGCGCGCGGCUCCCUUCGGCCCGCUCCCGCCCUUCCUCGCCGAGGGCACCUCGGAGGCGCAGAGCUCGUCCCGUGCCGCCACCUGCGUGCUGCCCCGGAGCUCCUUCCCCCCGGAGCUGGCGCCCGAGGCCCGGCCCGGCGGCGCCGUGGCGGCCGUGCCCCCGCGGGUGCUGGGGGCCGCGGCGGGGCGGAGGUUCCCCGCGGCGGGCGCGGAGCCCGGGGGCGGCCCCGAGGGCGCCUUGGACAUCCGCAGCUCGGUGUUCCGGCUGCAGGCCAGCAUGCGGCUGGAGGCCGGCGAGGGCCUGGUGCAGUUCAGCUCCGACAUCCGCGAGAGGCGCGUGGUGCUGUCCCCGUGGGCCGGGCCCCGCGGCCCCGAGGAGCCCGGCCUGGCCGUGCCGCCCCCCAAACCGCCCCGGCGGUUCACGGCCGCGGGGGCUGUGGGGGACAGCGAGGACGAGGAGCCUGCUGGCGCCCAGCGAGGCAAGCAGGAGCCACGGGAAGUCCCAGAGGGCCCAAGAGCAGAGGUGGAAUUGCCAAGGAGGCGUGGGAGCGGCGAGCCCUCCGUGCCAGCGCCUCCCGGCCUGCCCGCACCGCGAGCGGACGCCGCUGGAGCCGGGAGCGAGUUCCCAGCCUCGGAGGGUGCCGGAGCUGCCGCUGUGCACUCAGCAGCUGGCUUGGAGACAGGAGCCGGCCAGCUGGGGACAGGGCACACCUCUGUGGGGGAACAGCCAUCAGAGAUGAAUGAGACAGAUGUGGCCGACCAGUUUGAGACUUGCACAUCCAAGUUCUCCCUGGAUGGACUGGAGCAGUCGGGUGCUGAGGAGAGCUGGAGCCAGCCCCGGUUAUCCCCUCAGGAGGCCACAGACGGUGCCAAGUGGGAAAUAGCCUCCAAACAGGAGCUGUUCCCUGAGGAGCUCAGUAUUUCAGGACUAAACCCACCUUCCAAGCUAGACUUGGGCCAGCCGACCAGCUGGACAGCUCUGGAAGAGCAGGAGGCAGCUGGGCAUCCCCACCCGCAGCCCCAAAGGUCAGAACGCGGGCAGAGCCCAUCCCAGCCGGAGCUGGCGUGCCAGGAUGGUGAGGGGCGAGCAGGAGAGCAGCCCGAGCCCCGUGCCCCUCCCGAGGAGGCAGAGCAGGGCAGGGCCCCCGCCAGCGCCAGCGAGGAGCCCGAGGGGCACUGGGCAGAGAGCAGGAUAGACUUCAAGAAAGCAGAUUUCUGGAAGCCAGACAGGGCGGUGGAGAGGCACACCCGGGCAGCUUCAGCCCUGAGAAAUCCCUUUACCCUGGCAGUGAGCCCGCAUUCCCCGAGCAAUCCCUUCGUGGAGAAGCCCCCAGCCCCUCUCCCUGUCCAAGCUGUGCUGCCCGAAAAGCUUGAGCAGGGCCACUUCAGCUUCCUCAGCCUGCAGGAGGAAGCCCCCGGGCACGGCUUGCAGCCCACUAACGCUACCCCCCUGCAUGCCAGCCAGCCCCUGGCCUUCUCCACCCCUCUCCUCGUGGCUGCCACUAACCCCGAGCCGUGUGGCCACCCCCGGGCCCCCGCGGGGGUCCCCGCCAGCCGCGCCGCCGCCCGGCCCUGCCCGUGCCCGCAGCCCGGGGACGCACAAGCUGCAGCGCUCCCGGCUCUGCCCAGGGAGACACGGCCGGCUGGGAAGCCCCUUGGCCAGCAGACGAGCAGCCCUCACCCCGUGAAGCCCCUGAGUGCUGUGCAGGAGGGCUCCAGCCAGAGGAAGCAGCAGCACAGGGCCAGCCUGAGCUCGGCGCUCAGCAAUGGCCUGGAGAGGCUGAAGACGGCGACCACGAGCAGCGUCCAGCCCGUGGCCACGGCCGGACAAGGCCAGGCAGACAAAAGCGACCCCAAGCAGGACCCCGCCCAGCUGGACCAGUCAGCCAAGUAUUACCACCUGACCCACGACGAGCUGAUCCAGCUGCUGCUGCAGAAGGAGGGCGAGCUGAGCAAGAAGGAGGAGCACAUCCACGAGCUGGAGAACUACAUCGACCAGCUGCUGGUGCGCAUCAUGGAGCAGUCCCCCACGCUGCUGCAGAUCCCGCUGGGUGGGGGCCAGGCCCCGUGAGCCUGCCCGGGCCCCGUGAGCCUGCCCAGGGCAGCAGCACCCAGCACAGCCGUGCCCCAGCAACCGCGCUGCCAACACCCCUGCGCCCCCUCCUCGCACCCGAGGGCUCCAGUGGCUUCUGUUCCCAGAGCUAGCAGGAAGGGUUACCUGCUCCUUCCCAGCCCAAGCUCAGCCCGGCUCGGCUCCAGGGAGCUGUAGGGUGCUGGGCUGCCAGCACCCUAUGGGGAGGAGCAGAGCCCUCCCCACGAGGCAGGCGCCUCCGCAGGUUCCCGUUGCUGUGACCGAGUGCCACCUCCCCGGCACUCCUGCUGCCAGAGCUUUAAGUGACCCCUGGACAUCUGAGAGCUGGAAACCAUCUCCUCGUGACUUCAUCCUGCUGCUGCUCCUCUGCCCACACUCCUGUCUGCCCCGAGGGUGGUGUCCCUGCCUGCUGGAUGCUGUUGGGCUGGUGGGUGACGCUGGGGACACUGAGACCCAGUGGGGCUCCCCCAGCACGUUCCUGACCGGAGCCUGUGGGACGCCCCUUCCCUCGUGCCUCAGUUACCCCAGUGAAGGGUGAAGAGCCAUCUCCAGUUUGUGCCACACCUGUGGGAGAUGCUCCACGAAGGGACAGCGCCGGACCCAGCUGGUGUCAGAGCCUGGCUGGGCCACGCUGGCUCUGUCACAGCGCCAGUGCCAGGGUGACACUGCCUCGUGGCUGGGCUGGGCACACGGCAGAGGGAACGUGGGAUGGUGCCCCAGGAGUGCUGCAGGAGAUCCUCCGCAGGGCCCACCCAGCAGGGGCUGCUGUGCCCUGGAGGGACCGGGGAUGCAGAAUCCACACUGAAUACCCACUCAGUAUUCCAAGGAAUGCCUGCUCACGGCUGCCCUGCCCUGCCUCUGCCUCAUCUGUCCAGCACAGCCGGAAAAUGCCCCCAGAGCAAAGUCUGGGGGGGUCUGACCCCUCUGCAGGGCCCCUGCGGGGUCAAGCACCCCAAACACUCCUGGCACAGCCCAGAAUUCCCAAAUCCUGGCAGGGCAGUGCCCAGCCUGCUCCCUGAUCACAUCCACAUGCUGGGAUCAGCUCUCCGGGGCAGUGCCCAGCCUCAGGGGCAGCUCUGUCCACUGCUGACCCCUGAGUGACCACCCAAAGUGUAGCAGCGUGAGACCGCGACUGUUUUCUUUGUUCCCCUUGUAAACUCGUCUAUUGCAAUUUUCAUCAAAUUCAGUAUAUGAUCUC